CGAGGCGCCGACUUCCGGCGGAAGUUGACAUUCAGUCAUGCAGAAAGGCAGCAUGGCGGACGAGGAGCCGAAAUUCGAGCACCUGGGCCUGGAUCCGCGUUUGCUUCAGGCGGUAGCGGCGCUGGGCUGGCGGCGCCCAACGCUGGUGCAGGCCGAGGCCAUCCCGCUGGCCCUGGAGGGCAAGGACCUGCUGGCGCGGGCCAGGACGGGCUCCGGGAAGACAGGCGCCUAUGCCCUUCCGCUCCUGCACCGCCUCCUCCUCCUCCGCCGUGGGGGGAAAGAGGCCGCCGUGCGGGGCCUGGUGCUGGUGCCCUCCAAGGAGCUGGGGCGGCAGGCCCGGGACAUGCUCCGUCACCUCACUGCCUUCUGCGCCCGUGACAUCCGCCUCGCAGACCUCUCUGGCGCCGAAGAUGCCGCCGCGCAAAGGCCGGUCCUGAUGGAGAAGCCGGACGUUGUGAUCGGGACCCCCUCUCGGGUCCUUGCCCACCUCCAGGCACGCAGCCUGUCCCUGCAGGAGUCCCUGGAGGUGCUGGUCAUCGAUGAAGCCGACCUGCUCUUCUCUUUCGGCUUCGAGGAGGACCUCAAAAGCCUGCUCUGCUAUUUACCCAAGAUUUACCAGACCUUCGUCAUGUCGGCCACCUUCAACGAAGACGUGCAGACGCUGAAGGAACUGGUGCUGCACAACCCUGUGACCCUCAAACUCCAGGAGUCGCAGCUGCCCGGCCCCUCCCAGCUGAGCCAGUUCCACAUCCAGUGCGAGACGGAGGAGAACAAGUUCCUGCUCCUCUGUGUCCUCCUGAAGCUGUCGCUGGUGCGCGGCAAGGUCAUCCUCUUCGUGGGCUCCAUCGAGCGCUGCUAUCGCCUCAAGCUCUUCCUGGAGCAGUUCAGCAUCCCGGCCUGCGUCCUCAACUCGGAGCUGCCAGUCAAGUCUCGGUGCCACAUCAUCAGCCAGUUCAACAAGGGCUUCUACGAUUACAUCAUUGCGACGGACGAGCAGGACCUGGCGGAUCCGGAGGGGCCGCCGGAAGGGAAGAGGAGGAAAAGGGGCGGCAAGGGCUCCAAAGGAGAGAAGACCAGAGACCAGGAAUACGGUGUUUCACGUGGGAUCGAUUUCCAGAAUGUCUCUGCCGUCUUCAACUUCGACUUCCCUCCCUCCGUGGAGUCCUACAUCCACCGCGCGGGGAGGACGGCCCGUGUGGACAAUCCUGGCACCGUUCUGACUUUUGUCUCUCCGGCUGAGUACCCGCUGUUAGCCAACAUUGAGUCUGCGCUGACGGGAGACAGCAGCGAAACCCCCCUGCGGCCGUACCAGUUCCGGAUGGAGGAGGUGGAGGGCUUCCGCUACCGCUGCCAGGAUGCCAUGCGCUCGGUCACCAAGCAGGCCAUCAAAGAAGCCCGUCUUCGGGAGAUCAAGGAAGAGCUGCUCAACUCUGAGAAGCUGAAGACCUACUUUGAGGACAAUCCCCGGGAUUGGGAUCUGCUCCGCCACGACAAGCCCCUUCACCCCGCUGUGGUCAAGCCCCACCUGCGCAAUGUGCCGGAAUACCUGGUGCCCCCCACCCUCCGGUCCAUUGCCCGGCCGUUCCUGAGGAAGCACCAGCGGCAGAAGCGGAUCCCGCCUCGCAGCAACAAGGGCCAGAAGAACCCCCUGCGCAGCUUCAGUUCCGUGAAGCGGAGGCCGAGGAAAUCAGCCACCAAGUCCAAAGCCACUCCUUCAGGCCCUUGAAUUCCCUGCCUUGAUGGCCAGGACUGCGGAGCAGAUGGGGCGGCUUAUGGAACAAGGACAGUGACGCUCUCCUCAACUGCCCACCAACAAAGUUAGUCUGGACUGGGCUUUUUUUGCCUCGGAGGGAGACUGGAGCAGCAGCAGCAGCGUCCUUUGGUCACCGGGGACUUCCCAGCAUAAACGAGACUCCUUCCUGGUUCAUGGUGUUCGGAUAAUUCUUGCGUUUGCUUCCUUUGCACUGGGGUGGGGGGGCCUUCCUGGGUCUCCAUUGAGUGCCCGUAGUCUGUCUGUCUGUCUGUCUAUCUAUCUAACUAUGUAAUGUGAAUAAUUAGGACCGAGUUAACAACAAAACCCCUGGGCCAAAUCACACCAGAUUUGGCCACAAAACUAAUCACUUUCCAAGGGGUGACCCAUCAGAAAAGAAAAAGAAAGAAAACAGAGACAAGGCCAAAAAAAUCCCAUUGUUGGCCAACUUGAAUAGCCUUGUAGCUUCAAAGCCUGGCUGCUUCAUACCUAAGGGACUCCAUUAUUGGCCAACUGAAUACCAUUGAAUAGCCUUGUAGCUUCAAAGCCUGGCUGCUUCAUACCUAGGGGACUCCAUUGUUACCUAACUUUAAUACCGUUGAGUAGCCUUGCAGCUUCAAAGCCUGGCUGCUUCCUACCUAGGGGAUUCCAUUGUUACCCAACUUGAAUACCAUUGAAUAGCCUUGCAGCUUCAAAGCCUGGCUGCUUCAUACCUAGGGGACUCCAUUGUUACCCAGCUUGAAUGCCAUUGAAUAGCCUUGCAGCUUCAAAGCCUGGCUGCUUCAUACCUAGGGGACUCCAUUGUUACCCAACUUGAAUGCCAUUGAAUAGCCUUGCAGCUUCAAAGCCUGCCUGCUUCAUACCUAGGGGAAUCCUUUCUAGGCCACCUUGAAUGCCAUGAAGAAAACCCCACUUAGGACUACGCUACAGCAAUGCGUGGCCGGGCACAGCUAAUAAUAAUAAUAACAGUAAUAAUAAUAAUUUUAUUCUUGUACCCCGCCUCUGUCUCCCUGAAGGGACUUGGGGUGGCUGACAUGAGAAAACAACCCAAGAUGCCCGUCCUUCCUGCGUCGUCGUCUCCUGUUGCCGUUUCGUGCCCUGGUUUGGCCUUUGUGCCGACCGAGCCCCACCCGACCCUCCCUUUGCCCUUUACGCUCUGCUUUUGGGCGCCUGGGCUCCGCCACAUCUCCAUUCCCCACAGGACCGGACUCUGGCCCAUCUGUGGCCUUAUCGCCGGGUGUCAAGGCCAGGCUGGGGCUGUAAACCUUGAGGAAGGCAGAUAAGGGCUCCACCUGGGUGGGAACGUGGGCCCCGGUGACGCUGACGUUGUCCCUGCAUGCCCAGGGCAAGAGGCAUGACGUUCCAGGUGCUCUUGUUUGGCCUCCCUGUGUGGCACGUCUGACACCUGUUUGCCCCUGCCUCAGUUUCCCACCUGGUGCUUCCUGGCCAGAGAUUGGGACCACGAUGCCUUUGGCAUUUGCAAGAAGUGGUGGAGGCUCCUUCUUUGGAGGUUUUUAAACAGAGGCUGGAUGGCCAUCUGUCGGGGAGGCUUUGAAUGUGAUUUUCCUGCUUCUUGGCAGGGGGUUGGACUGGAUGGCCCACCAGGUCUUUUCCAACUUUAGGAUUCUAUCAUUUUAAGUGGGCAGCUGCCCCUCUUUAGUGUGUUUUAAAAUACUUUGGUCUUCA